GCAGCUUCUUCAAGGUAGUCAUAGCCCUUGAACGUCUCGACAAAACACAUUGUUGACUUUCCCCUUUCCUUUAGCUCUCCCUACAUCCUUUGCUCCUGCCAUGUGCGUGGGACAGAACUACUGACAAUUGCCAAUAUCCAUGGGCCUUUAAAGUCGAAUUGAAUUUGUACGGGUCUCCGUGCAUUACCUAGGCAUAGGAGUAUAUUGGUGGUCAGGUACUUCUCUUGUCCCGGUCAUCACUGCCACCAUCCAACCAAUCUGCUCGCUUCGUCCUCGCCAUCGCAACGUCAACCAACCUACUCGCCUGCCAGCUACCUGCGUUGUAGGUAACUACCUGGGUACCAUACCUCUCCUCACCUCACCUGCUCUGCUUGUCGGCCGCAAUGGCUUCACUUUCCAUUCCCUCCUCCCUUUUCCAUAUACACCUACACGGGAUCUGUCUACGCAGCCGCCGUCCGUCAAUGUGGCCUGGGCCAAACUUUCCCCCACCGACUAGACCUGCUCGACUUACUCGCUGUAUUUAUACACUGCCUGCACAUGAGGCCACCCUGGAUGGUCGCGCACGUUUGUCGAGAUUAUGGCUGCCAACGGGUGGAAUUGCAGCGUCUGCCAUGGAAGAUUCUCAUGCGAAGCUGGUGCGAGCUGGGUUCUUGCGCCAGGCACAUCCUGGUAUCUUUCACAUGUUGCCCCUAGGUCGGAGGGUCCAAGACAAGUUGGAAGCUCUCAUCGAUAAGUACAUGUUUCAACUGGGUGCUUCGAAACUCGCGUUGUCAUCCAUUUCAUCGGAGGAACUAUGGGCCAGAAGUGGCCGUUUGAAGAAUGCCACCUCGGAACUCUUUCGUUUCUCUGACAGGAAAGAUGCGAGAUACCUCCUCUCGCCUACGCAUGAGGAGGAAAUUACCACACUUGUCUCUAGUACUGUAAAAUCGUACAAAGAGCUCCCAGUCCGCCUUUACCAGAUAUCUCGAAAGUAUCGCGAUGAACUAAGACCGAGACACGGUCUUCUUCGUUCUCGGGAAUUCAUUAUGAAAGAUCUUUACACCUUUGAUUCUAGCUCGCCUCUCGCGCUGGCAACUUAUCACGAGGUCCGAGCAGUGUACGCUCGUCUGUUUGAUGAGCUCAAGCUUCCAUAUUUAAUUGCAGAAGCAGAUUCUGGUGACAUGGGUGGGAACCUGAGCCAUGAGUUCCAUUUUCCAACUCCCAAGGGCGAGGAUCACAUUAUCAGCUGCUCUGUUUGCGAUUACGUUGCCAAUGAAGAAUUGGCAGAAAGCCCAGUUCCCGCACACCAGCAUCUUUUCAUCGAGAAAGAAUCCUCAUCAUUGGGCAACGUGUCGGUAUGGCAUGGCAUAUCUCGAGAUCGGCUUACUCUUAUCAAUGUCUGGUACCUAUCUUCAACCUCUACACCAAGUCAUUCGCCUGUUGAGCACGAGAUCAACAUUCAUGCCGUCAAGACAAUAUUGCCAUAUAUCGACCCGUCCAUUGAUGAUCCGUUGUCGCUCUGGGUGGAAUGUCAGCAAGCAGGAGCGUCGGGAGAAGUCGGGGGUCAUCGGUCUCCUAGAAUUGUGAAUCUGGUAGACUCUAGGGUCCCUCCCUCGGUACAACAAUGUAUCAGUUUACGGGAUAUUCGCUUGCCCUUCUUUUCGGAUAUGCUACAGGAAUCAUCACAUGGUAUUCAGGUUGAAACUAUCCCUCGAGACCCAUCAAUUCAACAGCCACUCAAUCUUCUUCGUAUCAAAAAUGGCGAUCCAUGUCCUCGCUGCCCAAACGGUUUGUUGAAAGUCCAAAAGGCUAUCGAACUUGGCCAUACAUUUCAUCUCGGCACGAGGUAUAGCGAGCCAUUGGCAGCGACUGUUGCAGUGCCAGUGGACCUCCGGUCAACACGUGUGUCAGCAGGCCCACAAAGUUCCACUGGAAAGAUGCCGAUGCAAAUGGGGUGUCAUGGAAUUGGCGUGUCUCGUAUAAUCGGUGCUGUUGCAGACACAUUAGCGGACGAAAAGGGCUUGAAUUGGCCGCGAGUUAUGGCACCGUUUGAGGUGCUUGUUGUGCCAAGUAAGGGAAACGAGGAGGAGGCCUUGUCAGUUUAUGACUUGAUCCAUGAGGCUCCGUCUGAGUCUGGGACCUCGCCUGACCUUGUUCUCGACGAUCGAUUGCAGUCAUUCUCCUGGAAAAUGCAUGAUGCAGACCUUGUUGGCUAUCCUGUUAUUGUUGUUGUUGGUAGAAAGUGGAAUAGCGACCGAGUUUGCGAGAUUCAGUGUAGGAGGCUAGGGUUACGUAAAGAAGUUACUUAUAAAGAGAUAGUAACUUGUAUUAAAGCUUUACUUUUAUAUUUAUAAUAUAAAGUAUUUAAGUUAUAUAUUAAUUAUAAUAAUAUAAAAUAAACUUAUAUUAAAUAUAAAAA